GAAAACAAUUGUUUGCUUCUAAUACGCGGGAUACGAACUCAGUUCAUGAAUGCGGUUAAACAAAAACUGUGUGGUGGACUAUUCAUCGUGGAACUUGAGCACUUGUGGAAAAUCCACUCACCUGCACUUGCCCCCAAUAUUUCAAGUCAGUUGACAACAUAAUUCUUCCAGCGAUUUCUCCUUGUCAGACACCAUAAACGCUGUUUAGACUCUCACCACAAACGCGUUCUUGUUCUUUGGACAACAGAUAUCUACGAUGUCUUCUACAGCGACGAUGGUGCAGCCAACGAAAGCCAAUAUUGGCGUAUAUACAGAUCCGGAUCAUAAGUUGUGGAUUGCAGAGGCAGAACCGUCAUUGGAAAGUGUACAAAAGGGAGACAGUUUGAAGCCAGGUGAAGUGACUGUCGGAAUCAAGAGUACUGGUAUCUGUGGGUAAGUCUUGCAAAGGCCACAAGCAUGAGCUCUGCUAACGCUACCAAGGUCCGAUGUCCAUUUCUGGCAUGCCGGAUGUAUUGGCCCCAUGAUUGUGAGAGAUACACACAUUCUAGGACACGAAUCCGCAGGUGUGAUAUUGGCGGUCCAUCCAUCCGUAGAGACUCUCCAAGUUGGAGACCGAGUGGCUGUUGAACCCAACAUCAUCUGCAACGAAUGCGAGCCAUGUCUGACGGGCAGAUACAAUGGAUGCGAGAAGGUUCAAUUCUUAUCCACUCCUCCUGUGCCGGGCCUCCUUCGCAGAUACGUCAACCACCCAGCCGCUUGGUGUCAUAAGAUUGGGGACAUGUCUUUUGAAGAUGGCUCGAUGUUGGAACCGUUGAGUGUCUCGCUCGCUUGUAUGCAGAGGUCUGGCGUUAAAUUGGGAGAUCCCGUUCUCAUCUGCGGUGCCGGACCAAUCGGUCUCAUCACGUUGCUCUGCUGUCAAGCCGCUGGCGCAUGUCCUAUUGUGAUUACCGAUAUCGAUGAGGGACGUUUGGCGUUUGCAAAGAAGAUCGUUCCGUCCGUCACCACGUACAAGGUCGAGAGAAAAUCGCACGAAGACUCUGCAAAGGAGAUGGUGACGGCAUUUGGAGGAAUUGAACCUGCAGUCGCACUCGAAUGUACGGGUGUCGAGAGUAGUGUUUCUGCUGCCAUUUGGGCGGUCAAGUUUGGUGGAAAGGUCUUCGUGAUCGGGGUCGGGAAGAAUGAGAUGAACAUUCCAUUCAUGAGGUUGAGCGUUCGAGAAGUCGACCUACAGUUUCAGUACCGAUACAGCAACACCUGGCCAAGAGCCAUUCGACUGGUACAGAGUGGCAUCAUUGAUAUGAAGAAGUUGGUUACGCAUCGAUUCCAGUUGGAGGAUGCGGUCAAGGCGUUUGAGACGGCGGCCGACCCCAAGACUGGAGCCAUCAAGGUGCAGAUUAAGAGUGAGGAUUGAGGAUUGGGGGGUGUCUCGGUGUGUGGGGGUAUUUGGAGGGGGUAUUGAGGGGGUAUGGUACUAGCGUAGGCGAUGAUGACUAAGCAUGGUACAUUGUGUGAUGUAGAUACCGUGAGGGAGUUGAAUUGAACUAAAUUCGUGAGGUCGAGUGCAGGUGCUGGUGAUGUGACCUUUUGCCGCGUUCCAGGUUCUACAAUUGAGAAGACGCAAGAUUUCCAGGUCUUCCUAGUAUUCUCUUCCCAUACAAACUCAGCUCAGUCAGGAACCGGAGCUUAUCUAGGGCUAGCCUUACGCCUCACCUUCGGCCUGAGGCGUCCACGGAGGUUCGUCGGAAAGUUGCGGGUGGCUUUAGUGAUUACAUAACUUCACACAGUAGCAGCCACGGCCACGCCACGGCCACGGUAGUCCCAGCGUGCCAGCCCAAAAUUGCUGGGGGCCGGUUGGUUGCCGACGAGAGGAAAAGUCUCCAAUUUCUCGCGCCAUCCACGUCCCCACGACCAAGGACCAAGUACCAAUUGCUCGCCCAUCACCCACGACACCAUCCAGAUUCUCCCCUCACACCGGAACUGGAUCUCGGGUCGCACAUAUCACCGCCAUGUCAUUGAAUGCGUCGCGCGCCGUCUUACGGCAAACCACCAAGCUGCCUGGACGAACCGCUCGCCGAUUUGAAUCCACAUCCAGUAAAGCCACCGAGGCAGCCAAAGAGGCUGCAUCCAAAGCAUCUCAGACGGCCGCAGAAUAUACAUCAAAAGCUACCGAGGGUCUGACGAGAGUGGCUUCAUCUGCUGGUCCCGCAAUCAGCAAUGCUGCCAAGGGUUUGGGAAAUGCUCUCGGAAGUGUUGGAGGAAGAACUGGACGAGUGGUGUCUCUUGUUGAGCGUGAGUGCGAUUAUGGGAGCUUCACUUGAAGCUGUGCGCAAGGUUUGGCGUCAAUGGCUGAUUUUGAUGCAAUAGGACAAAUUCCAUCCGUCAUUUACUAUGCACGUGUAGGGUUGGAGCUCUCGAAGCUCGUCUUCCAAGGACAGAAGAUGGCCCCUCCGUAAGUCGAAAGCACCGAAAGGGUUAGAAAAUAAAAUAGAAAUACUUUGCUGACAUGCAAUGCAGACCGAUGUCCACUUUCCAAUCAUACUACCAACGUCUCUUCCAAAACGCACGAACGAACCCAGGCUCCAUAAUCUCACAAGCUCAAAGCUCUAUAAAAUCCGUUAGAAACUUGAGUACCGGUCAAUGGGCAGCUGGUGGUGUUAUUUUCGCAGAAGUUUUAGGGUUCUUUACGGUUGGAGAGAUGAUUGGUAGAAUGAAGUUGGUGGGUUAUAGAGGUGAUACCGGUGCUCAUCAUUAAGUACUCGGUUAGGGGUUUUCACGGAUGAUGGGGAAUGGACGAUAGACGACAGGAAAUGAAUGGCUUUGAAUUCUCGGCAAGGAUAGCUGAGAAUUGGGACGCCAUUUGUUGUUCUAUUUGCACAUAGCUGCAACACCUUUUUCCUUUGUAACUCUGUACAUCAGGAACCAAUAAACAGCAUAAUGGUGGAUUAGAAUUACGGUCCCUGGGUUUUGUUUUCUUCUUCCAAAAAUGGGGAUUGACAUGUACGAUGAAAUAGAAUUGGUUUAUUGCUUAUCGGUCAGGUUCACUUUGUCUUCCAGUCAAUGCCUUAUCCAUAUUGUAUACUGACGAUUAGUGCCCAUUCAGGGAAUCCGUUCUACGCACCAAGGUUCAAAGUUGGGAUGAUAGAAGCUUAUCACUACUGGUAGAUUUUUACGUCGGAUGGUUCAAAACUCCAUCCUUGCUUAGCAUGUGUGAUGCAUUGCUAGAAGCGUUUUGCAGCAUUGGCAUCCUUGCAAGUCGCAGUCAUCUCGCCACCCCGCACUCUUCCCCUCUCUCAACCACAUCCAAAAAGAGAAAAGAAGUACAUGAGGUACAUGGGACUUCAAUGAAGCUACAGCUGCCUUAGCUACGGCUACCCGUACCCUAAGCAUCUUCAAGUUAAAGGUAACGUCGUUUCCUACUUGCAGCUCGCUUGUAUUGUGCAGAGUCACUUGGCACGCAGUGACAUCAUGUAACAUACAACACGACGAUGUACAAUGCAAGAACUGCUGUUUUCUCAACACAUCGAGAGAUGAACAUGCGAGGUUCGCAUCCGCAUCUCUUGAUAAUCUGGCCAUUGACGGGUCUGAUUUUCGUGAUGAGCCUGUCAAGUAUUUGGUCCAUGGAUUCACUUAAGUCGCCAUGCUGCUGCAUCCGUCUAGAUUCCUUCCUCUCUCCCCCUUUCGACUCGCUUCUUACUGCUACGAUGAAAAUUCUAAAUCACAUUCAAACUUCACUCUUAGCGGUCCUGUAUAUAACCACCUCAGCGCAGAAAGUCAUAGAUCUAAGUACCUCACAGUGGACACUCUCAAGUCCCUCAUAUAAUAUCUCCGUCCCUGGAAGUGUACCCUCACAAGUCCAUCUUGACCUCUACCGCGAGGGGAUAAUUCCAGAUCCCUAUUACGGACUUGGGGAUUUUGAAUUAAGAUGGGUGACUUAUUCAAAUUGGACAUAUGAGACGACAAUCUCAGGACUGUGAGUUGGCCUCUAUACGUAAUUGAUAUUUUUGAAUAUAAUGCUAACAACGUGAUAUAGAUAUAAAAACACCCCAACCUACCUCCUCUUCAACGGCCUCGACACCUUCACAUCCAUCUCAUUCUGCACCCACCACCUCGCCUCAACCAACAACCAAUUCCGUCAAUACCACUUCGACAUCACGCCUCUCCUCUCAUCAUGUCCCUCCGAGCCCAAACUGCAAAUCAACUUCGGCUCCACCAUCAACAUCACCGCCGACAUCGCCGCCGAACCCGGCCAGGAAACCUGGCCCUGGACCGUGGAAGGCCUCUUUGAAUUCCCCAACCGCCAGUUUGUGCGUAAGGAACAGAGUGAUUUUGGCUGGGACUGGGGACCGGCUUUUGCGCCUGCGGGGAUCUGGCAGCCUGCUUGGGUGGUGCAGAUUCCGAGGGGGAAGGCGCAUGUUAGGAAUGUGUUGGUGGAUGUGUAUAAGGUGGGACAGUUGAAUAAUUUACCGCCGGAUCAGGGGGCGGAUUGGGUUAUCCAUGCGAGUCUGGAUUUUCUCGGGGAGUUGUCUGAAACUGCUCGGUUGGAAAUCGAGAUCUUAGAUUCUAAAAAUCAGACCGUGGCUCAGGGUGCUUUGCAAAACAUCACAACAGCAGAGGGGAGGAUUGAAGGGAGUGUUAUGGUGGAUGCGGGUGCUUGUGAUCUAUGGUGGCCUACCGGUCUUGGUCCUCAGAAUCUUUAUUAUUUCAAGAUUAGUGUUGUGGAUGGGGAAAGGAUCCUGGCCAGUGUGGUGAAGAGAAGUGGGUUUAGGACGAUUGUUCUGAAUAUGACGCCGGUUUCUGAGGAACAGAUGGAGGAGGGGGUUGCGCCGGGGAAUAAUUGGCAUUUUGAGAUUAAUGGACGGGAGUUUUUUGCGAAGGGGUCGAAUUUUGUGGGUUGGAUUCUAUUUUCCCUUCUUGCUGUCGUUUUGGAUUUUUUUGGGUGUAUUCCUUCAACCGAAAAUGUCUAGUUUGUUUUAGGCGGUACUAACAUGUUUACAGAUCCCCCCUGAUGCUUUCUGGCCUCGCGUAACGCAAACGAAAAUGGAACAACUAUUCCAAACAGUAGUCGACGGAAAUCAGAACAUGCUUCGAGUCUGGGCCAGCGGUGCAUACCUACCAGACUUCAUCUACGACAUAGCCGACGAAAAGGGGGUUCUCCUCUGGAGCGAGUUCCAAUUCGGAGACGCUCUCUACCCAGUCCAUCCCGAAUUCCUAGAAAAUGUACGAGAAGAAGCAAACUACAACGUGCGGCGAGUGAACCAUCACCCCUCUCUCGCUCUCUGGGCAGGCGGCAAUGAGUUAGAGAACUUGGAACUGCCCGUCGCUGAAGCACUAGAUCCCGGAAAUGAUCGGUAUAAAAAGGAGUAUGAACAGCUGUUCCUUGACGUGCUUCUCCCAGCUGUUUACGGGAAUACGAAAUCGAUAUCUUAUAUCCCCAGUAGUACCACCAAUGGGUACUUGACACUUAACUUCAGCCUUCCAAUCCCCAUGAUCCAGCGGUAUGAGAAUAAAACUGAAGGGUCUAUAUACGGCGACACAGAUCACUACAACUACAACUCCGCGGUGGCUUUCAACCUAUCAACCUACCCCAUCGGACGCUUCGCCAACGAAUUCGGCUUCCACUCCAUGCCCAGUCUCCAAACAUGGCGACAGGCACUUCCAGAAGACCAGCUCUCUUUCAACUCCUCCAUUAUCAUGCUGCGGAACCAUCAUUAUCCCGCCGGCGGGCCUUUUACCGAUAACUUCGCCAACUCCAGCAAAGGCCAGGCGGAAAUGACACUAGCUGUCGAACGACACUAUCCCGUCCCUCAACUCUCCGAUCCCAUCGCCAACUUCUCCGCGUGGUGUCACACGACGCAGAUCUUCCAAGCGGCCUUUUACCGCUCGCAGAUUGCGUUUUAUCGCCGGGGGAGUGGGAGACCGGAGAGGAAUCUAGGGAGUCUGUACUGGCAACUUGAGGAUAUCUGGCAGGCUCCUACGUGGGCGGGUGUGGAGUAUGAUGGGCGGUGGAAGGUAUUACAUUACAUCGCGCAAGACAUCUACAAACCCGUUAUCGUAGCGACGUAUUGGGAUUACGAGACGGGUGACUUAACGGGGUCUGUGUGUUCUGAUCUUUGGUCUGCUGCUAAAGGGACGGUUACACUUGCUUGGUAUGAUUAUAAUGGGACUUUACUCGCGCCCGCAACGGAUAUGCCAUUCGAAGUCGGGGCUUUGAAUACCACGCAAAUCCUACAAACUAACACCAAUGAAAUACCCUACAACCUCACAACCUCCCUCCUCAAACUGAACAUCACCGCUACAGGCUCCCUCCCAAAUACCCCACCUAACCAAACAACACAAUUCCACCACGAAUCCAUCUUCCACGCCCUCUCCCUCGCUACCGUCACCCUCCAAGACCCGGGACUAGUAUUGGAAUACGAUGAGGCAACGGAAGAGUUUGUAGUGAUGGCUACGAAAGCCGUUGCGGCGUGGGUGUGGAUUGAUGUUCCCGAGGGAACGCUGGCGUGGUUUGGGAGUAAUGGGUUUUGGCUGUUGAAAGGGGAAGCGAGGAGGGUUGGUUUUCGGUUGUGGAAAGGGGAGGAGGGGUGGUGGGGGGAUGUGGGGGUGAGGAGUUUGUGGGAUAAUUUGGGGGUAGGGGGCUAGGUUAGAGAAGGGGAAGGGAUAUUAAGCUACUCGAGUAAAGAGUUGGUGGAAAUAAUGAAUAGUGUUUUUAGCCGUAGCUAAAGCGAUAGCUGGUGGUAGCUGGUGGUAGCUGGUGGUAGUGGUGGUAGUCAUCGAAAUAUAGAGAUAAGCGAUCGGACUUUAGAUACGGCCGUGGGCUCAACUCCGAGGAUCACCCGUUCAGCCCCAACCUUUUUUCAUCCCAAGUACUGGUAGGAGCACUACCUAGGUAGAGUGCCUCGAGUACCUCCGUAAGAUAUUCCAACUCAUCUGCGCCAACCACCUCCACCCUCCCUCCCAAUUUCGGCAAGAACGAUGCCAUGAAUUUCAUCGUUCAGGGCCCGUCCCCUUGGCUCCAUCUUCGAUAUCUUCGAUACACCCGCACGAUCCUACCUAUACCCACGCUCGCCACGCACACUCGCGCCAUCCACAUCUGGUACGCUGCUAGCUUAAAAGCGCAGAGAAAUAUCGACACGAACCGCAAAAUCCUCAACUACAAUCUCUUUAAAGAGUAUGCGGAUCCCAAAGAGGUCCAACUUGGCCUGUGGACCAAGGAGGAACCUGGGUCACGACCGGGUGUGUCAUGGCUGUCGCUGGCAGAUGUGCUACAGCAGCACUUGGGGCCCGGCAAAAUUCUCGUGCCCAAAUCCUAUGUCGACGAGAAUGUCAAAAACGAACGCCCGGGGGUGGCCCACUAUUACAUCAAAAACCUGAAGAUGACGACUUACAGAAAGAUCAAGCGGCACGACAGAGGCACCGGAUCGAAAGAAAUACGGAUCAACCAUGGGGCAUCGACGUCAUACAGGGAAAACUUGAUGUCGAGGGCAUGGCACUUUGCGAGUGAGCAUAUCCCCGUGGAAUUCCAUGUAGGGUUCAGCGAUGGGAAGAAGGCGAGAAAGGUUGCUCGCCCUGGCGAGAAAGGGUUUGUGGAGACGAUGAAUGAUCCCAAUGAGUUACAUCUACGACCUGAUGUGACAUUGAGGACGCUCCCGGAAACCGCAUACAUGGCCCUACCGCCUUCUUCUGAUGGCCGGACGGAGGUUUGCUGGGUGGUCCGUACACUACAGCCAGGGGAAACUUACAGGUCGAAACUAAAGCUGAUCCGCCACAAAACCGAGUUCAUGGAGCACAAGCGCUUAGAGGUAGAGAUAGGGGCGGAGGCAGAGAUGCCACCGAAAGAAGAACGGUCCAAAGUAUGGGGCGGAUGGCGUAGCAUACUAAAGCCCCCAGAGGCAGAGCGAGGGGAGAUAGCACCGAAAGGAGAAUGGUCCAAAGUAUGGUUCCGAUGGCGUAGCAUACGAAAGCACCCACACCUAGAGGAAGAGACAGGGGCGGCAGCAGAGGCAGAGGCAGAGGCAGAGCGAGGGGGUAUGGCACUGAAAGAAGAACAGACCAAAGGAAGGGAACGAUCACGUAGAUUACUAAAGCACCUAGAGGAAGAGAUAGGGGCGGCAGUAGAGCCAGAGCCAGAUGCAGAGCCAGAGCCAGAGCGAGGGGAGAUAGCACCGAAAGAAGAACAGACCAAAGUAAGGGGCCGAUUGAAAGUUACGGAAGGCUAUCAAUCUUUUCUGCGAGGACGAGACGCCAUGUAUAAGCGACUCGACAGGCAAUUUCCCCUCAUAUGCCCAAUAGUCAGACGUCUUGCACCUCCGCACGCACCAUCAGAACAACUUUUAAAGUUGGCCCACUUGAUUUCUUACAAACUCCCGCAUGUUAGGAAACUUGCUAUAGAGGACCCAUCAGUCUACGAAGAAAUUUGUGCCACCAUGCGACUUGAAGAAACGAAGGAUGAAGUCCAAGCUCGUAUCCAGGAGCUGCUGCUGAAACUGGGACAGGGUGACGAACCCGCUGUUGAGCCCCUUCAGCGUUCGUCGAAGGUUCGACCUCCCAAUGCUCCAUUAACGCAUCCACUUCUUCUUGGAACAAAAACCUUCGAUCCAAAAGAACGUUAUUGUUUUCGAUGUGGCGAGGUGCCGUGUACUCGGGAGCAUUCAAAAUACUGUAAUGCACCACCUGACAAGUGGCUUUCGAAGUGGGAGUCCGAUAUGCUAUACGGUGAGGUUCUGAGAAAAAGAGGACCUUCACCUCACGGAACUGACAAGAAGAGUGAUACGAAAAAGACGUUGGUUAGUUCAGUCGAGGAAGCCACACAGUCCUUCCAAACUCGUCCUGCGAAUUGGCGCAGAAUAGAUGGUACGAUCGACAUUGAUGCUUUCAGAGACAGUCUUCAGGAAGAAUCAUCAUCUGCGGAGUCUUCUGAGAUGGAUACAUCUGAUUAUGGCCCGGGACCCGACUUUCCCUUGGACGGCGUUGUGCGGCGAGUUGGAAAUAUUCAACCUUACCAAAGCCCAAUAAAGGAGAAAUCCCAAACCUAUCAACAGGACUACAAUCCUGUGCAUAGAUUUAAUCUAGAAAACUCAUGGCCAAGUGAAGACGUCAACGGGCAAGACUCGCCUUUGGGUGAAGAAUCCAAGAAGAUCCAAACAGUUGCCCCCUCCAAGGAAACCAUUGAAGAACAUACACGUCGUGAUAGUUCAGCAAAAGAGAAACAAUAUGAGUCUCAAGCAAAGCCUUCAAUUAGAGGAACAAACCACAUAACCCCAGCUUGGGCCGUCAAGGAACCGGGAAUCAUCCGCACCCACAUGGUAGGAGAACUUGACACUGUCCCAGCCGCAGACACAGCAGAACCACUUAUGGACCCUUUUGCUGCUAAAAAGGCAGAACGUCUCCAUCGAGAGUUUCAUACGAGAGCACGUAUGCUUCGACGCGAAGCUACCGAGUUGGAGAGAAAAACGCAGGAGCAGUUGGCGGAAGCGGAGAAGGAGAAUGAGCGUUUGAAGAAGAAAUUUGAGGCGAUGCAAGUUGAGGCGGUACAAGGUCCUUCCGAGCGUUUGAAAACACUUCCUUCCAACGUUGUGAGGUUUAUUUCGGAUCCAUGUUUCACGAAGCAAGAAUUAAAAAUGAUGGAGGCACCGGAAAGGCUCGCUGCACUUAGGAGGGAGAAUGGACUAUUUCAACGGACGCUUGUUAGAUAUCACCAGUCGAAGGAUGCCAUUCCAGGUGCGCUAGCGUUUACGGGUCUAGGGGAUAUCAAGAAAGCAAUCCGGAAACCUUUCAAGAUGUUUAAGAAAGGAGCCAAAGGAGGACGUAUGGAAAUUAAGAGAGGAUCCAGAGAAGGACGUACAAAAGUUAAGAUAGGAACCGAAAAAGGAGGUUCAGAAAGGCCUGUUUGGCUCCAAAAGUGGAUGAAGCGAAUCGGCGUGGAUGAAUAUUAA